UCAGCUCCAUGGCGUAUUACACUCGGUUUUAUUCAUUUGCAAAUUACAUGUCUUCCUCUUCUCCUUGCUUCAGCUAUCACAUUGUUAGCUUUUAAAUCCGUAGUUUUAACUCCUUAGCAAAAAGGGCCUUCUUACUUGUCACGUGGGACUUGACGCAUUAGUUGUACGCGACCUUACAAGGAUGCAGCCUAACAAGGCACACUUCCGGUGCGCCAGAAACCACAGCCCAGAUAAAUAAAUCCAAGUAAUCAGGAUCUCAUUUCGUCCUCUCCCAGCUAUCGCAUGAUGUCUGCGUUUGGGUUUCGCCUGGUGGUCUUAAUGGCGUCUGUCUGCCCUGGCGACUUCAUGUUCAUCAAAGACCCUCUGGCAUUCAUGAGGCACAAAUCUGUGACAUCAGACAUGUGUUCAGAGUGCGGCCACAUCAUCCAGCUCUCUGCUAAUAUGAUUUCCAGCAAAGAUAGAAAGGAGCACGUGUAUGAAACCUUGCAUGCACUCUGCCAACACCUCCCAGACAAAGAGGCCUCUGAAUGUGACUUUCAGCUGAAGGUGUAUUUGCCCAAAAUUCUGCAACAAACACUCGGUCAAAAUGAAGUGGCAGCAACCUGUUCAGCCUUUGGACUGUGUGUGACCCACAGCCAUGAGGAAGGGAAACUGUUCAAACAUGACACCAUGAGAGAUGUGCCUGUACUCACCAAAACUCAUGAACAGUUCAACCCAGCGUGCACCCUCUGCCUGUUUGUUAUGAGGAAACUGGAGACCAUGUUGCCUCAGAAUAUGACUGAGGAUGCUUUAAUGAAGCUCAUGGAUGAGGUCUGCGACCUCCUUCCUACAAGCUACAAGGACCAGUGUGAUGACUUUGUUGACAAAUACGGUGUACAAAUAGUGGAAUUCCUGCUUUCAUCAGCCGCCCCUCACACCAUAUGUAUGCUUCUACAUCUCUGUUUGUUCAAGGACUCGCCUGCUCCAGAGCUGCCCAUCCCGUCAGACUGCGAGUCAUGUCGCACACUGGAUAUGUUGAGCCGGCUUCAUCUGGGUCUCAAUGCCACGCAGACUCAGACUUCCUCUUUCCUCCAGUCUGUGUGUAGUCAACACCCCAAUGCCAUACCAAAGUGUGAGGCUUUCACCAAACUCUAUGGCACGCAACUGCAGCAGGGUUUAGGAAACCAGGUGGACCAUACAGACGUUUGUGACAACCUGGCCUUCUGUGAGAAGCACAUGUGGAGAAACACAAGUGUGCAUAAGCACAAGUGAAUAGCUCAAUCAACUAACUGUUCAAACACACAAUCAUAAAAUCUUCUUCUGACAAAAUUGUAAACUGUUCUAUGAAAAAUAUUUGUUUGAAGACUUUCUAAAUUUGGUCCGCAUGAAAAAGUAAACAAGAACAAGAGAGUCCAUGAUUCAAAUGUAACUACCAUAUUUUCAGCGCUGUAUGUAUGCUGAAUUAAUGAAUGUGUAAACUUUACAUACAGAUGAUGAAAAACUCUUUAGAGAACUGAAAGCUUCUUUUAUUUGGUAAGAUGUACAAAAAGGUAGAAGCAUGUUUAUUUAGAAACUUUUACACCAUAAAAACGCAAACUGGAGGGAAAAAAGUACAUGAUUCAGAUUUUUUUGUGUAUGCAACUAAUAAAAUGUCCUGUUUGUUUCGUGGUGCUCCUUUUCACCACUACGCACCUGUGUGGU